GAGGCCGAGGGUCCAGCCUCUUUCCCUACAACCACUGAUUGGCCCCACUCAGGAAAGAAAGGAACUACUGAAGGAUAGCAUGGGUGACAGGAUUGAAGGUUGCUGUGAGGUCCAGCAGUACAAGAAUGGUCACACUCCCUUCCUACAAGUCCUGCUAAAGUUAACUAUGGUCUGAGCGAAUAGUGGCUGACUAGGAAGGUCUCAAUGAAAAGAUGGCAACAAAACUAUUGGGAUUCCUGGCUAGAUCUUCACACACAAUAAACCAGUGCUGGUACUUCCCUACAUAUGGAUAUUUAGCAUCAAGCAACAACUUACUAUCAGUAAAUAGAUAUCUCAGUCUAGGCAUCCCAGAGGCAGCUGCUUCUAGUUUUACCAGCAAUUGCAUGGACAUUUCAAAUUGGUUUAGUCCACAAACUAAUAUUAGUGCUACAACAAAAACUACGAAUUUCUUGAUUAUGGAUCCUUGUCCUUCAUCCAGGAAGCUUCAUCUUCUUAAAGCUUCAAGUUACAAGCACAAAUUAAAAUAUAUAAGAACACUUAUUGAAACACCACGUAGACAUUACUCAGUGUUAUCAACUAGCAAAAUUCAACCAAAUCAAGAUAUUGCACCAGUUAAGCGUCUACCAAAAGCAUCUAGGACCAAGCAGCCAUCUAGAGCUAAUCUGCCACUACCAUCUGAAGCUAAGGAUGUGAUGCAAUGUGUAGCCUUUGCAACAGCAGAUGGAUAUCAUCUUGGUAAUCUGUGCCUUGACCUGGUCUCAUCUGGAUAUGUUGAAAUCACAUUACCUAGAGAUGCAGCAAAUGUUUUGGUGGUUGGCACAGAAAAGACAGCCAAAGAACAUGAUUUGGGGAUCAUAUUUUUCUUCAGGGAAGGGUCUGUUGUGUUCUGGAAUGUUGAAGAAAGAACAAUAAAGAAUAUUUUUCGAAAGCUGGAAAAACAUGAGAUCCAGCCCUAUGAAAUUGCAUUAGUUCACUGGGAAAAUGAAGAGAUCAGCUACAGAAGAGGAGAAGGACAAUCAAAACUUCAUAGAGGAGAAAUCGUGAUAAAUUCAGAAGUAGAAAUGGAUGACGUCAUUUUAGAGAAGUUUGCUUUUUCCAAUGCUCUCUGCCUUUCUGUAAAACUGGCCAUUUGGGAAGCAUCAUUGGAUAAUUUUGUAGAAUCUAUCCAAUCAAUACCUGAGAUGCUUAAAUUAAGAAAGAAACUGAAACUCUCUCAUGCUGAUGUUAUGCAGAAAAUUGGGGAACUGUUUGCCUUGAGGCAUCACAUAAAUCUGAGUUCCGAUCUGUUGAUUACCCCAGAUUUCUAUUGGGACAGAGAGCAUCUUGAGCAACUGUAUGAUAAAAUGUAUCGGUUUCUCAGUAUUGAUCGCAGAGUUAAGGUAGUAAAUGAAAAGCUCCAGCAGUGCACAGAACUGACAGAUCUGAUGAGAAAUCAUUUGAAUGAAAAACAUGCUUUGCGCUUGGAAUGGAUGAUAGUAAUACUCAUCACAAUAGAGGUCAUGUUUGAACUUGGAAGAGUGUUUUUCUGAUACCAGUAGUACAUUGCAACAGACAUUUUACAAGACUGUAGACGCUACCCAAGCAACAGGUUUAUUGGACUUCAACUUUAUCCACUUUUGGAAAGUGAGCAAAUGUCAUGAUAAAUUUAUGGACAUUUGCUACAAAAUGUUGGGAGUCACUGCAUUUAAUUUUGUAUUUUAUCAGUUACUAUGUUUCUUGGAAAUCAUGGUUUAAAUCAUUUUAGGGCUGCUUUUCUAAAAUCUAUCAUUAUGGAUGCAGAUUAUCUGUUACAUUACAAGAAAAUGAUACACAGUAUGUGCCACAUUCAGUAGUUUUCUGUAUAUAAGUUGUGUAUUUUAUCACAACUGAUACAUUCAGCAGAAUUACGUGUGUGUAUGCAUGUAUGUAUAUAUAUAUAUAUGUAUGUGAUUAUGUAUAUGGGGAGCCAGUGUCCAUAGAAAACUUAACUGCAAUAUAGUUCAUUUGUGAAUGAAGAAAAAUUCUCUUCCUCUAAAACUGUAUUUGUAUUUGUAAUUGCUUAAUCACAAAGAUUUUAUAAAUGCAGACUACCUUAAGUUGAUUCUUCAAGAAGAGAAGUUUAACCAAAGCAGUGUCUUUGACUAUAUUGCUCUAGGCCAACUUUCUUCAGUAACAGUUAUUAUAAAUAUAUGAACACCAACUGAAAAGCUGUGAAAUAAAAUAACUGGAUUGCAAGAAAUGCAUUACUUUCUUUGAAGCAAGAUCAAGGUCUCUCAAAUGCAAGAUCCUUUGACUAGGUAUAUCAGAAAACUCAUGAGUAGGAUAUGAAAGCUUCAACAUUGUACCCAGGAUCUGGUUCCCAACCAGACUUCCUGCGUAAGUAUCAUGAAUACUAUAGAUUUGUCAUGUUUUUAUAAGAGUGUAAAAGGAGCUUAUUUAUUAGUUACAGAAAAUGGGAAAUAUUUUUGUGUCAUUGAACCUAUUGCUGACUCAUUAAGGUUUCCUGAAAUUUUAUUAUGAGGGGAAAUAGAAAAUUUACCUGAUAGAUCUGUUUAUUAUUUUCUAGCUUUUAUACUGCACAAGUUUUUAAAAUAAAAAGCCCAAAGCAUUAUCUCUGAAGAAGGCACAUUUG